CCUGCUUUCCGUAGUUUUAGCCGGUUACGUUGGCAAUAUGGCGUCAGCAGAGGUACACGUCCGAGUAUGUGAACAAGAAAUACUCAAAUAUGAUUUGGAGAUCAAAGCUCUCAUUCAGGAUAUUAAAGAGUUCAGUGGUCCUCAAAGCAAGCUGACAGAAAUAAAUACAGAUGUGAAAAAGUGUUUCCACAACCUCAGAUUAAGGAUACAGGACUUGGAGCAGAUAGCGCUGGAGCAGGACAAAGAAUCAGACAAACAAGCUUUGGUUAGUCAGGUGGACGGACACAGAAAGCAGAUGUUAAGUAACCAGACAGCAUGGAGGAAGGCCAACCUUGCUAGCAAACUGUCAAUCGACAAAAUGGAAAAGCAGGCGCUCUUUAACGGAGCCAGUGAUGCCGUGAGACAGAGAAAGAUGACCAAAGAGGGCCUGGCUCAAACCACAAGUGGCAUCACAGAAAAUCUGAUGAGCAUCAGCCGGAUGAUGGCCCAGCAAGUUCAGCAGAGUGAGGACACCAUAACAACGCUGGCAACAUCAUCAAAAACAGUCCAGGAAACAAAUGAGGAGUUUAAAACCAUGACAGGGACCAUUCAGCUUGGGCGAAAACUCAUCACCAAGUACAACCGCAGGGAGCUCACCGAUAAGCUGCUCAUCUUCCUGGCGUUGGCUCUUUUUCUUGCCACAGUACUUUACAUCCUCAAGAAGAGACUGUUCCCCUUCCUAUAGACCAGGUACUUCUGAGGAGCUCUCCCUUUUCCCCACACAGUAUUUUAAUCACAAGGGGUUUAAACAACUCUUCAGUGGUGCCUUUACAGGGCACGCAGCAUGUCGACUGUCCACUUUAAUUUAUUGUGAUGCUGCUGGGGAGGAAACAUUAAUAUAACUCUGCAAAUCUGGUUCUUUGUUGUGUCUCAUUUUAAAUCGAACUGAAGAAAAAAAUGAAUGAUUCAGCAGAUAAAAUGUAGGUGUCAUUGGCACAAAGUGUGUCAGAUGUUGAUCCUUCUUAAGGUAAUGCAGCUAAUGCAGUUAAAGUAUGUUUAUGUUUUCGAAGUUCAUUUCAAAGGCACAAAACAUUAAAAAUAACAGAAAAAUUAUGAAUCACAAACAAAAUCUUUUUUUUUGUUGCUUAACCAUUUAUAAUUACUUGUCUCUGUUUAUUAUUAUUAUAGUGAUUACAGUACAGUUAAAUAUUACUGUUAAAUGGCUGUAUGAAAGGUCAUCAUACUGAUAAUAUAUUUUAGAGAACAGUGCCAGAACAUUUAUGUGCAACACAUUAAAACACAUUAAAACACAUUCGGUUUUAAUCCUGUAUUUCAUUGUCACUUUGCAAAUGAUGUUUAAGUGUUUUGUGGAAACGCUGUUUAUAACAAUGUACUGUAUAAUUUAUAAAAGCUUAAAAUUGCCUUAAUGCUGUUUUAAACAAAUAAAGAAUUCAAUAUUUCCUUACCAUA